AUUGUUUAGUGUUAGUUUUGUGAUUUUAAACGUGUUUGUUCAAAAUUUAUAAAAUGUGUGUCAAAAUUUUUGUGUUGACUUUACUUUUGAUGUGUGCGAAUUAUGUGGUGUCCAGUGAAAAAAUCGUAAUGUGUUAUUACGGCACCUGGGCAACCUACAGAUGGGGACAGGGUCAGUUCAACGUAGACAACAUCAACCCGUUCCUGUGUUCUCAUAUCGUGUACUCAUUUGUGGGCAUCAAUAACGGAGGGACUGUCGUCUCUUUGGACUCCUAUCUAGAUCUGCCUGAGAACUGGGGAAGAGAUAAUUUCGGCAAAUUCAACGCGCUGAAAGAAAUAAAUCCAAAUCUCAAAACGCUUUUGGCCGUUGGAGGCUGGAACGAAGGAUCUGGGAAAUAUUCCGCUAUGGCAGCCAGCGCCAGUCUUCGUAGGAACUUCAUCAACAGUGCUUUAGACAUGGUCCUUACACAUGGUUUCGAUGGUUUCGAUCUUGACUGGGAGUACCCCGCCAGAAGGGACACAGUCAACGGCCAGGCAGAUGUAAACAACUUUAGCCAACUGGUAAAGGAACUAAAAGAAGAGUUUGAAAAGCAUGGUCUUUUGGUCACAGCUGCUGUGUCUUCUGUUGGAGAAAUGGCGGCAUUGUCGUAUGAUAUUCCUGUUAUUAGCAAGUACUUAGACAUCAUUAAUUUGAUGUCGUAUGAUAUGUAUGGAGCCUGGGAUGCGGUUACCGGUCACAAUGCCCCUCUGCAUAAGGGGGAAGGUGAUGAAAAUACUCCCAGAGACAGCGUGUACUCUGUUGAUGUUGCUGUGGAGUACUGGUUGGCUCAGGGAUGCCCUCCAGAGAAACUUGCGGUUGGCGUACCCUUCUACGGCAGAACGUUUACUCUAUCUGAUGUUAAUGUUAAUGGAGUCAGAGCUCCAAGUAGCGGCCCUGGUAUUGCAGGACCCUUCACUGUUGAGCCUGGCAGCAUUGGUUAUAAUGAAUUUUGCAACAUCCUCAAAUCAUCAUCCUGGGACGUUCGUUACGACAACCUUGCCAAAGUACCCUACGCCGUUCAAGACAAAAACUGGGUCUCCUAUGACGACCCGGAUUCCAUAACCGAGAAAGUGAAAUACGCCCUGUCAAAAAACAUUUCUGGCAUCAUGAUGUGGAGUAUAGAAACUGACGAUUUCCAUGGAACAUGUACUGGUGAAGACUUCCCUUUGUUGAGAGCUAUAAACAGAGCUUUAGGAAGAAGUGUUGAAAUUGGAGAAUCAAUUUCGACUGCAAGUCCUACCGCUUCAACUACAGUCGAAGUGCCUUCAUCUUCUGCUGUUACUUCUACAUCGACUUCCGGAUCUGAAACUACUUCAUCUUUACCUGCCUCUUCGACUACAACUUCAACACCUAUUACUGAGAUUACGUCUGAAAGUUCUUCUAAACCUUCAGUCUGUCAGCAUGAAGGCAUCGUGGCAGAUCCUGACGACUGCUCCGGCUUCAUCUACUGUAUCCGAAAUGCUAAUGGCAACCUGGAAGCCAAGAUAUUUGAAUGCCCCAAAGGUCUACAUUGGGAUGCCUCUGAAUCAUUGUGUAACUAUCCUAGUUUAGCCAAGUGCAGUGUAUAGAUGAGUGAUUAAAACAAAAACACUACAUAGCAAGACACGUGUAAAAAAAAUAAUAAAAAAUAUCGGUUAUAUCGCG